AGGAAGAGGCUGGGGAGGAGGAGGAGGAGGAGAAGGAGGAGGAGGAGGAGGAGGGGGGAGAGGAAAGAAGAAGAAGAAAGCGAGCAAGAAAAGAAAGCGAGGAGGCAGGCGGCUAGCCCAGCCGCGCCGCUCCCGGCAGCAGGGCAGGAGGAGGCGGCGGAGCGGGGCCGGCGAUGGAUGACCAGCCGCGGCUGAUGCACACGCACAGCGGGGUGGGGAUGCCGGGGCACCCGGGCCUGUCCCAGCACAUGCAGGAUGGACCAGGCGGGGCGGAGGGGGAGGCAGGCAGGAAGCAGGACAUCGGAGACAUCUUACAGCAGAUCAUGACCAUCACGGACCAGAGUUUGGACGAAGCGCAGGCCAGGAAACACGCUUUAAACUGCCACAGGAUGAAGCCAGCCCUUUUCAAUGUCUUGUGUGAAAUCAAAGAGAAAACAGUGCUGAGCAUCCGGGGAGCACAGGAAGAGGAGCCCACGGACCCCCAGCUGAUGAGGUUAGACAACAUGCUCCUGGCCGAGGGGGUAGCAGGCCCCGAGAAAGGAGGCGGUUCGGCCGCCGCCGCUGCUGCCGCCGCCGCAUCGGGAGGAGCCGGCUCCGACAACUCGGUGGAGCAUUCCGACUACAGAGCCAAACUCUCCCAGAUCCGACAGAUCUACCACACGGAGCUGGAGAAGUACGAGCAGGCGUGCAACGAAUUCACCACCCACGUGAUGAACCUGCUGCGUGAGCAGAGCCGGACCCGGCCUAUCUCGCCGAAGGAGAUAGAGCGGAUGGUGAGCAUCAUCCACCGCAAGUUCAGCUCCAUCCAGAUGCAGCUGAAGCAAAGCACGUGCGAAGCUGUCAUGAUCUUGCGCUCCCGGUUUCUGGACGCACGGCGGAAGAGACGAAACUUCAACAAGCAGGCUACGGAAAUCCUGAACGAGUAUUUCUAUUCCCAUCUCAGCAACCCUUACCCCAGUGAGGAAGCCAAAGAAGAGCUAGCCAAGAAAUGUGGCAUCACAGUCUCGCAGGUAUCAAACUGGUUUGGAAAUAAGAGAAUCCGGUACAAGAAGAACAUAGGUAAAUUUCAAGAGGAAGCCAAUAUUUAUGCUGCCAAAACGGCUGUCACGGCUACCAAUGUGUCAGCCCAUGGAAGCCAGGCUAACUCACCCUCAACUCCCAAUUCAGCUGGUUCUUCCAGUUCUUUUAACAUGUCAAACUCUGGAGAUUUGUUCAUGAGCGUGCAGUCUCUCAAUGGGGAUUCUUACCAAGGGGCCCAGGUUGGAGCCAACGUGCAGUCACAGGUGGAUACCCUUCGCCAUGUUAUCAGCCAGACAGGAGGAUACAGUGACGGACUCGCAGCAAGUCAGAUGUAUAGUCCGCAGGGCAUCAGUGCUAAUGGAGGUUGGCAAGACGCUACUACCCCGUCGUCGGUGACCUCCCCCACAGAAGGCCCUGGCAGUGUUCACUCUGAUACCUCCAACUGAUCUCCCAGCAAAUUGCAUCCCUGGCUGAGCCGGCCCCGGCGGGGGCAGGAGGGGAGGGGGCCUCUCCUAACACCGCAGCAGUCAGACUGGAGGUGAACCCAAUCAGCACACACAAGAAGACUCCUUCUCUUCUCUUCUCUUCGUCGGGAUGCUUUUUUCAGCCAAUCUGGACACUUCUUUAUACUCUCUUCCCUUUCUUUUCUGGGUAGAAGCCGCUCUCCCCCUCUCCCCCACCGCCACAACACCACUCCCCUCACCCUUUCCCACUGAAGGAUGUGUCGACAGGUAGAAGGAUUUUAAGGAGGAAAAGCAAAAAUCAACAGCCGCCACACAAAACAACCCCAAAGCAGUACAUGGCCUCGUGCUCGGCAUCUUUCUGAGGAGCCACCAACAUACCUCAGUCACGCCUCACUCCUUUACUAGCAGGCAGCCCCCCCUCGUGCUCCCUGUCUCUCAUGCUACCUCUCCAUAGGGAAUUGCCACCACAGCCCCACUGCCACCUCAUCCCUCCCAGCCCCACACCCAGCUCUGCCUCGCUGGGCUGUCCCUUGGGCACUCCUGGACCUCGCCCUGCUCUGCUGCACAUUCCAAAGCUGGAUGAGCCUUGAAACCCCACCAUCCUCUCUGCCUGAUGUUGAAAGGUUGGAGAGGAGGGAACGAAACUAGGCAGAGGUGGAUGAGAAACAGUCAUCGCUGAGCACUCCACGGUGUUGUACGGGAUCAGGCGUAGAUGAUUGAUGGGACCUCCGCAGUUUGCUCACAGCACCUAGGGAGGCCGGUGGUGGAGGUUUUUUUUCCUGGCAAACAGAGUGUCACGGGGUGUUGGCUUGGGUUUUGGGAGCAUGCUGCGCUGUGGAGGAGGAGGAGGAGGUGGGUUCCCCAGUGCAGGCAGGAUUCCCAGAGGUUGGUGGCACCCAAAGCCGUGCCAGGCAGGCAGCAAGGGACAGGUGGCAGGACCCCAGGGGCUGGAGGUGGUAGGCUGAGCACCUCGGCUGCUUUUGGUAGCAGUUAAUGCCACAGGUUUGCUUGAGGGUGAAGGCUCUGCAAGACAGGUGGAUGGCCUGCUUGGGAAUGUCUUUGCACUGACUGCGGGUAUUUCCCCUGGGAGCAGCAUCCCAAUUUGUGGGAGCACUUGUGGGGUUUCUGGUCCGCUCUUUGGACACACAGUGAUGGGUGAUGAGCAAGGCUUCAUCCUGCUGAAACACCCCUUCGGGCAACCAACACUAGGAGGACACAGCUGUCAGUUGAAGAGCGGGAUGCAGAGUCUCUGGGUUGCCCCGGCCGCUGGCUCUUCCAGCAGGUGUGAGGAGGCUGAGCCAGCCCACUGCAAGACCUCGGGUGUCGUCGGGACCGGUGUGGGUACAGCACAUCUGGCACCUCCUGAUGGAUCCUAAUGCCUCUUGGCCACAUCUCAUGUUCUUGCAUGUCUGUGCCCACCUCCCUGUGCUGGUGCCAGCAUUCUCGAGAUGGGAACUGGUGGGGCAGAGCAGUAUUAAGCAGAAAACUGUUUAAAAUUUAAACUCUUCCAGAAAAAUUUCCACCCUUUUGCAGCAAACAAGGCUGUGCCCGUGGCUCUGGCGUACUGUCACCUUGCAGCAUGGAGCCAGAAGCAUGGCUCACCUGAAUUGCAGGUGAAGCCUGCCCUUCCUGGGGGAACAAGUCCAGAAGGCUCUGAAACACCUGCUCUGAAAUUUGUGACCUUCCCCAAAUGCCAAAAGUCCCGAUUCAGUGGAUUUUUCUGUUUCUGAGUUGGUGGGAUCAGGGUAGGACGUGAAAGGUGGACAAGAAACAGCCUGAGCUGCUCCUUGCUUAGUUCUUAGUCUCCAGCGGGAGACACUUUCUGCUCCUCCUUUUGCAUCCGUGCCCAGGAACAGAGAUGUGAUGUGACAUGUCAGGUUUAGGGCUGUCUCCCACCUGAGAACAUGUUAAGAGCAACAAGAAGGUUGGUUCCCUGCAAAUAUGGUCAGGAGGUGCUGCCCAUCUUCCUGCUCUCCUCCUCCUCCCAUGGCCCUACCCCAACCCAGCCUUUUAACCAUUUCCAGCUUAUUUUACGUGAAACCAUUCUAGUCAAGUAUUCUGGGGGUGUGGGACUGGGUUAGGUCUGUUUUUCAGCGUGGCAGCAGUGCCAUUCCUGUGGGAAUGCCACGGUACCUCUCGGAAACCAACUGCUCACCAGAGCUGGACCCUAUGGGGCUGCUUUCCCUGCCUGCAGCCACUGCCCCUCCUGCCUGCCCUCUGCCUGCAACAGCCCCUGCCCAGGCAGGGCACUCGCUCCUCCGUGGUACUUUGCAAAUCACCUCCUGGGUUCCCUGACUGGUCUCUCUCCAGUUUGCAUUGGUGUAGCUGCUCGCUUACCCCUUUUUUUUCUUUGCUUUGUUAUUUUGGGGUUUUGUUUCUCCUCUCCUGUUUCCCUCCCUCCAACCCUGAGUGUUGUGGGGUUUUGGUUUUUUUUUCUUCCCCCCCCUUUUUUUUUUUAAUUAAUUAUUCUGCCCAGAAAAAAAACCUGACUUCGAUACCAAAAAACAACAACAAAAAAACCACAAACAAAAAAAAAAACUGCAGAAACUAAAAAAAAAACAACAAAAAAAAUCACAAAAAAACCCACAAACUCGACAAAUUCUUUCAGCUUUAUUAACAUUUUCCAUUGUUUCUUGCGAUUUGUGUCUCGUUCUUUGUAGUAUUGAUGAUAACGAACAUUUGAUAAUGAAUGUUCUUGUAUAUUCAGAUAAAGGAGAAAAACAAAACAAAAAAAAACACAAAAAAAAAACCAAAAACGCAGUGGGAAUUUAAUAGUGUUUAUAAUAAAAGAAUAAAAAAAAAAUGACCCUCUUAGCACGCAAAAUUGAACAGGGGGAAAGUCCCAUCCCUGUUCUUUCUGUGGCAACAAGCGCUUCAUUCCUGUAUAGUUUAUAACAUCAAACUACCUACAUUAAUCUUCUUUUUUGUUUGUUUGUUUUUCCCAUGGUUUGGGUAGGUUUUUUUCUUUUUUUUCUCCCCCCCCCCAUUUUCUCGCAUUGGUGAAUUAGUUCAAGAAUGCUAGAAAAGUGUAGAGUUGUGCACACUCAUUUCUUCUUACACAAUGUUGAAAAACAAACAAAACAAAAAAAGUGACGGUAACUUGUUUUUGUAAAACUUUAAAAAGAAAAAAAAAAAAAGUGGUUGGAAUAGUGAGCAUUAAUAGGUACAGUCUAACACUUUAUGUUUCUUAACGUUGAGACCCGAAAAUCACCUUUCAAAUUACUUUUUUUACCUUAUUUGGGAUGGGGGAAGGGGUUUUGAUGAUGGUGCCGAGUUUCUUUUGACCUGUCCGAGAUGACGCCGUCGCCGCUUCCCUGUGAUGUGAAAAGUGAUCGUGGUGGUUGUUUGGGGUGUGUUUUGUUUUUUUUUUUUGGUGGAGGGGUGGUGCUUUUUUUUUUGGAAAUGCUCCCCACCUGUUUUGACCCCACUCCCAGAAAGAUCCUCAGGUGGCUGCUCUGGGGCUGCUCCAGAGAGGGACAUAAUCCUGAGGGGUUUUGGAGGGGAGAUGCCACGGGGUGAUGGGGUGUUGGAUGUUGAGCCCCUGUGGGUGUCCAUGCCUGGGGGCCAGUGCUGAGCUGUGUAGAAGUGAUGAAAAUGCAUUAAUCCUCCCCAAAAUAAAGCAUAGGCAGGGGGUGGGCUUCAAUGCUGUUUCAACCAUGGACCUUGUUGAGGAUGGGGUCUCCCAGCCUGGCCCCAAGCUCAGCCUGUACAGGGAAAAAUGAGGGACAAAGGACAGGAGGUGGCAGCCCCCCCCAGCCAUGGUGUGACAUGGCCAAGAAGCCCCCAAAUGCAUCCUGCAAUCCAUGGCUGCAGGGUGGGUUUCCAGGAGGAGCACUGAGGAAGUCACCAGUUGGCAUCACACUUAUUUUGCUCUGAAACAGUUUCCCUGAUCCCUCUCCCUUCUACCAAAAAAAAUGGAGCUUUUCACAUCACUGAACGGUUUAGGGUUUGGGGCGUUAUUUUUAAUCCUGAGGUUUCCUGGAGUCCUUUUGGUUUUGUACACCUUUAUUAUUAUUAUAUUAUUAUUCAGACUAUGUAAAUCAGACAUUGCCGGGGAGGGGGGGAGGGGAGGGGGUGGUUGGUUUUGUUGGUUUGCUUAUUUUUGUCCUUGCAAAGCCCUUUCUAUCCCUUGUAAAGAUGAUCCAGUUGUUCUGAGUUGCUUUUUCUUUUCUAUUUUUCCCCCAUCUUUUUUUUUUUUUUUCCUCUUUCUAAUGGAUUCCAAAUAUUAAGGAAAAAAAAGAAAAACCCUAAAAAAAAAAAAAACCACUCUCUGUUCCGACCUGGUUUUGAAACUUUAAGCUUUUCUGCUUCUGUAAAGAAAAAAGAAAAAAAAAAAAAGGCCUCUGUCUUUCUGAUCCCAAUUGAGACUUUUAUGUUCUACGAUGAUACUAACAAGGUGUAGGUUUUACAGUU